CCGGUGCGAACGGCAGAGCUGAGGCCACUUCCCGUUAACCCGUGGGACAUUGCACUGUGCGUGACGGGCACGCUCAUCUCCUGCGAGAAUGCAAUCGUGAUCGCUAUCCUGUUCUACACGCCCACCUUGAGAGCCCCCAUGUUCAUUCUGAUAGGGAGCCUCGCGUUUGCAGACCUGCUCGCAGGACUCGGCCUCAUUCUCAAUUUCGUCUUCAUCUAUAUGCUGAACACGGAGUUUGUAACUCUGAUCUCCGUUGGCUUGCUGAUCGCCGCCUUUUCUGCAUCUGUGCUCAACAUCCUGGCCAUCACGGUGGAUCGCUACUUGUCCCUCUACAACGCUCUGACCUACCACACGGAACGCACGGUGACAUUCACCUAUGUCAUGGUGGUUCUCAUUUGGCUGGUGUGCAUCAUCCUGGGCCUACUGCCAGUGCUCGGCUGGAACUGCCUCAGAGACGAGGCCAGCUGCAGUAUCUGCCGGCCGGUCACCAAGAACAAUGCUGUGGUACUUGCUGUGACGUUCUUGCUGGUGUUUGCCCUCAUGAUGCAGCUUUACCUACAGAUCUGUAAGAUUGCCUUCCGCCAUGCGCAGCAAAUCGCUGUUCAGCACCAGUUCAUGGCCAUUUCCACCACAAAAGGUGUAUCCACGCUCUCCGUCAUCCUCUGCACCUUUGCUGCAUGUUGGAUGCCCUUCGCCAUGUAUUCGAUUGUGGCAGACUCCAGAUACCCGAUGAUCUACACGUAUGCAACAGUGCUGCCGGCAACAUGCAACUCUGUCAUAAACCCAAUCAUAUACGCUUACAGAAAUCCGGACAUCCAGAAAUCCCUCUGGCUAGCCUGCUGUGGAUGCGUGCCGUCCAACUUCUCCUUGCGGCCAAGGACAUCGAGCGAUGUAUAGGUCGGACUCACAUAAUUAGUUUGUACUGUGUCAGUGUUAAUGAUAUGAUGUCCUUCCUUGGUGGGAUCCCAGUCAAACAUUGCUGGUUGUGUAGUAGGUGUUGCGAUCCAAGAUGUCAACCUGCAAUGUAUUAUUAGAUGUCUUUAAUGCAUAGACCUCUAUGCACAAAAUUUCAAGUUGUAUCAGACAUAAGACAGUUCAAAUUGAACAUGAUCUGAAUAAUCUGGAUAUUCUGAGAUAUGUAGUACAG